GGCCCCGCGUUGCCAUAGCGACCCCCGCCGGGCAGGGGACGCCUGAGCCAGCGCCGCACUCUGUUAUUGAGGCUGGAAGCGGCGACCCCAUCGCUCGGGUCUGCAGAGCUGCCGAUCCAGGCUCCGCCCCGCAGGUGAGCGGGCUCAGGUUGCACACCCAUGAGGCUGGCCAUGGGUAGGUGGAUGCCUGGGACACCAUGAUCUGAAACCUGCUCAGCCCAAAGAUUUUAUGUAUUUAUUUGACAGGGAGAGACAACAAGAGAUGGAAUGCAAGCAAGGGGAGUGGAAGAGGGAGAAGCAGGCUUCCCGCUGAGCAAGGGGCCCGAUGCUGGGCUCGAUCCCAGGACUGGGAUCAUGACCUGAGCAGAAGGCAGAUGCUUAAUGACUGACUGAGCCACCCGGACCCCCCUUCCCUGACAGCUUCUAAAGCCAGGCGCUGGCUAGAGUGCUAGAAAUAGCACUCUCUAACAGAUAAGGCAGGACCAAAGGGGUUGCAGUGUUGGGUACUGGGGGCCAGGAAGGUGUCCCUGUAGGCUGUGUGGUAGUGGCUACCUGCAGGCCCAGAGUGGCCUGGUUAUCCCCCCCUACCUCGGCCACCCGCUUCUCUCCUGCAGUGGAUCCCAGUGCACAGCACUGGGGCCUCCAGAAAAAGCUCCAGCCUUAGGCCAGCAUCCACACGGAUUGGUCAUACUCGUUAUUAAAUAUAUGACUGUCAACCACCGGUGAGGGACAGCUUCUUCCUGACGCCAUCACAAACCCCCUCUUCUACUGGUUUCCCUGGGUUCCCAAGCAAUUGUGUCAUCAGACCUACCUCAGCGGGACCCUAGAGAUAGAUGCAAAGGAGGUGACAGGCAAGGGUCAGUCCAGCACAGAAGGGUCACCCUCAAGGGGCUGCUUGCUCAUCUGCCCGGGGACUCAGAACAUACAUGACUCAUGUCAUUUGGGCUCAGACAAGCACAUCCCCAGGAAGCCCCAGGAUCCUGGCACUACUAGGGGUAUACUGAGCCCCUGAUGUCCCUAACGCUUUGCCAGCACCCCCUGGCCCCACAGAAGCAGGCAACAUGCCUAUCUCCAAGUGCUUGAAGAAGUCGGAGCCCCUGUGGAAGGGAUGGGACCGGAAGGCCCAGAAGAACGGACUGAGACACCAGGUGUACGCGGUCAAUGGUGACUGCUAUGUGGGCGAGUGGAAGGACAACAUGAAGCAUGGAAAAGGAACACAGAUCUGGAAGAAGAAAGGAGCCAUCUAUGAGGGAGACUGGAAGUUUGGGAAGCGAGAUGGCUAUGGCACCCUCAGCUUUCCUGACCAAGAGAUGGGAAAGCCCAAGAAAGUAUACUCUGGCUGGUGGAAAGAUGAUAAAAAAUCGGGCUAUGGAAUUCAGUUUUUCGGACCCAAGGAUUAUUACGAGGGUGAGUGGUGUGGCAACCAGCGCAGCGGAUGGGGCCGCAUGUACUACAGCAACGGCGACAUCUACGAGGGCCAGUGGUUGAACGACAAGCCGCAUGGGGAAGGCAUGCUGCGUCAGGAGAACGGGAACCGCUAUGAGGGUUACUGGGAGAGAGGCAUGAAGAAUGGGCCAGGCCGUUUCUUCCACCUGGACCACGGUCAGCUGUUCGAAGGCUUCUGGGUGGACGACGUGGCCAAGUGUGGCACCAUGAUUGACUUUGGACGUGACGAGGCACCCGAGCCCACCCAGUUCCCCAUUCCUAAGAUCAAAAUUCUGGACCCUGAUGGUGUGCUGGAGGAAGCCAUGGCCACGUUCAGGAAGACAAAGGAAGAAGACUGAUGCCAGGUGAGGGCCGGGCCUGCUCCCCAGCCUCCGAUGUGGUUGAGGCAGCUCCUGGGGUCUCCUUUGGCCAAGGAACGCAGGGGCAGGAACAGAGGGUGGGUUUCUUGCCUCCUGCAAUCCAGCCGGUUCGUGCUGGUUCCUUCCCUUCAAAACUCAUUUCCUUGAAGACCAGUUUGCUCCUGAAUGCCCUUGAGUAAGGUGGUUUGGCCCAGGCCUGCACCUCACACCUGUCCCAGCCCCUCGGGGUGUGGGGGUCAGUGCAGUUUGAGGACAGGGCGUUGGUACAGCAUCUUGGAGUCGCCAGCUCCCACCAGCCCCUUGCCCCCGCAGGGAACACACCAGAGCUUUCCGGAGAAAUUCAAGUCCGUCACCCAACUGCUCAAACCGGUGCAGCUUCUGCAGGAGGAGCGAGUGGUGACUCGGGGCACACCCUUGGCACCCUCAGAGGGCACCUCACUCCUCCCAGCACUGGGUAACCCUCUCUCCAGCUGGCUUUCGGGGCCCUCUUGUUACAGCCUUCAUUCUCGGUCACCGUUCCUGAGAGCAGGAGUAUAAAGGAGAACCUGGUGGCAUAGGCCCAGGGCUUGCGCUGUGUGAUUGGGACGGAGGGGGUGCAGCUCUGGGAGGGACUUCAGGUGAAGAGGGAAGGCAUCCCCGCGGGCUGCAGAGAUUUCCCCUGGGGGAGAAAGAGGAGGAGAAGGGCCUCUGGUCACAGUGGCCACUGAGAUUUGGGGUUGAGAGCCGACUUGGCUUCUCAGCCUAACACAGGAGUGCUCGACCUUGGGAUCCCGUGCGAGCUUUACAAGCUACAGACACCCAGGUCCCACGCCCAGACUCUCGUCUGUCUGGGAUGAGGCCUGGGCCUCCAGAAAUUUCCCCAGACGAUACUAAGGUGCAACUGCAUCUAGAACCCCUGAUUUAUUUGUGACCCUAAGCAAGUGACCUUAGUUGCCCCAUCUGUAAAAUGGCACUUAGGAGAUCUCACAGGGGUGUUUUUGAGGAUUUGGUAACAGAUAUAAUAACAACAAAUAACAUGUAUUGGGGUUAAUUGUGCAGCAGAGAUCUGGAAGAGCUUUGCAUAAUUCCAGACAACAUUCUUCAAGAUAAAAGAGACUCUUACAUAAUGGGUAGGAAUAUGAGCUCGGCAGUCAGGCUGCCUGGGUGUGAAUCUCAGCAGUGAUUUAGGAGCUGUGUGUUCUCGGAUAGGGCACCCAACUUCUCUGUUCUCUCUGUUUCCUCCCCUCAAAUACAGGGCAAUCGUGGUCCUCGCCACCCCCCAGGUUACUGUGGUUAACAUGAACAUGAAAUAAGACGUGUUCCUAAUGCAAGAGAUCCUGUCUCCCCUGCUUCCCCAGGGACAUUUGGCGAUGUCUGGAGACAUUUCUGGUUGUCACAACUGGCAGGGAAAAAUUUCACUGGCAGCUGGUGGAUAAGCAGUUAAGGAUCCUGCAAAGCACAUUCUAACGGAAACACUCCUUUACUGCGAUUUUCGGCCCAAUGACUUAAGUGUAACCCUGUAAUUCCAAGAUGUUCACGAGGGCCUCGGCACGUGCCUGGCACACAGUAUAGGCUCCAUAAUCCCUGACACUAUUUCCUGUCUGCCUCUGAAAUCAUAAGCAGGGUGGCCUGACCCCCAGGUAUGGCUCUGUCUAGGCCUCGCACGCCAGGAAGCUGGGCCUGGCCCACUGGGGACACAGACCGUUCACUUGGUGCCAGGCCCUGUGCCCAGAGUUUCACCUGCCACCACCCCCGCCCCCAAUGACCCCGCAGGUUCUGAGGCUGUCCUGCUAUUAUCAUCCUUUUAGAGGGGGAAGUGGGUUCUGGGAGGCUCCCAAGUCACAAAGUGAGAAAGUAACUGUGCUUAAACGUACAUCUACCCGCUCUUAACGAACAGAACAGAGCAUAGGGAAGGAUACCUUUUUUCUUUCUCCCCCCAGAAAAAGUAGGGUGUUUCUUGCUUAUGAAAUCUCCCUAGAUGGGGACACAAUAUACUGGCAACAACGGAUGCCAGGGGAGAGAACCAGGAACCUGGGAACAGGGGAGGGCGGGCAACUUUCUCACUGUUGUAUUUGGAACCUGUGAAUGUAUUUGUGUCUGAAAUACAAAGAAAACUGAAAUUAAAGAGAGAGUGUCCUUUAACUACUGUGCUUCCCUGAGCUGCCUAGGUUUGAGUACCGGGGAUGUUAAAAACAGAUUCUAGGGGUGCCUGAGUGGCUCAGUGGGUUAAGCCCCUGCCUUCAGCUCAGGUCAUGAUCUCAGGGUCCUGGGAUCGAGCCCCACAUUGGGCUCUCUACUCGGCAGGGAGCCUGCUUCCUCCCCUCUGUGCCUGUCUACCUACUUGUGAUCUCUGGCAAAUAAGCAAAUAAAAUCUUAAAAAAAUAA